UCAAUGGAAAUUUUUAAAAACAAAACAUAACGUCGUUUUAUUGCGCUUUUAUCCGUCUCAUUUGCUAAUUUUCGUUCGUGACUUUCCAUUCAAAUAUUUUUUCCAAUUCCCUUUCGACAAUAAUGUUCAUUGCUCAUAUCGUGGAUAGAAUUUUCAUCGCAAUCAUUGCCGGUUUUGUCAUGUGCUGACACUGACACUUACUGUUCGUCGAAAUCUGCCUGAACUUUGAUCGGACCUCUUCAGAAUGUUACACCAACCAGAAAUCCUAAUUGAACUGACCAAAAAUCCUAGUCUGACGGACUGAAAAUCCAGUCGCUACCCAUGUUCGGGGAUUUCCUUGGAUCUCGGGCACCAACAUAGUCACGAUUUCUUUGAAAAAUACAACUUUAUCGCUGAAUGGUUUGAUCCAGAGGCAUCAUUUUCGAAAAAGUUCCACCUCUCAUAUUUUAUAAAGGAUGAUUCUAUAGAGUUGUUUGACCUUAGAAAUCUUCGAAUGUUCCUUAAACGCACAAAAUGUGAUGGAGUACGCUUAUGUGAUAUAUACGUUGGAGCAUCUGUCAAGAUCUAUUCAAGGCUAAUGAAAAUAGUAGAUUACGCUGAUGUUGAAACUAAGAGAAAGUUAAGUCAAACCUCACAGAAGACUUUUGGAUUCAUCAAACCGGAUGGUAUCAACAAAAAAGGUGCAAUCUUUGACAUGAUCCUUGAGAGGGGCCUCAAAGUAGUCAAUUUAAAAAUGGUUCUCAUGAACAAUGACCUUGCCAGGAGAUUUCUCCGGGACCAGUUCAAUGAUUACAGUGACAUUUUGAGCCAUGAGCAGAUUUUAGUGUCUGGACCGUGCAUAUUGUUUGAAUUAAUUGGUGAGAACAGUGUGCAGGUUUUGAAAGAGUUGGCUGGUCCCACAAAUCCGGACAUUGCCCGCAAGGAAGCUCCAACUACUAUUCGAGGUCUUUUCGGCAAAGAUACUUUACACAAUGUACUUCAUGCAGCUGAAUCGUUUGAGGCAGCAGGGAAAGAAGCAAAAAUAUUUCUAUUUGGUGAGCCAUCAACCCUAGAAAAGAAUUUCCAGCCUUGUAUGACGGUCACUAACUCGACGUUUUGUACCAUCAAGCCUCAUGCCAUUCAAGAAGGUUUAAUGGGAAAAAUUAUUGCCAUGAUAGAGGAGAAAAAUUUCAAAGUUACCGGAAUGAAAAUGUUCCACCUGAAUACAGCGCAAGCGGAAGAAUUUUUAGAAGUUUACAAAAGUGUAGUUCCAGAAUACUCUGGUAUGGUAAGCCAACUCUCAUCAGGUCCUUGUCUUGCAAUGACUGUAGAAAGUGAGUCUCAUGGACCUAAUACACCGCAAGAAUUCAGGAACUUUGCUGGACCAUCAGACCCAGAUAUUGCCAAGGAACUAAGACCUAAUACUAUCCGUGCAAAAUUUGGGAAAGACAAGGUAAAAAAUGCCAUCCAUGUCACAGAUCUUCCGGAAGAUGCGCCCUUGGAGAUUGAAUAUUUUUUCCAACUUCUUGAAUGAAAUUUGGAUUUUAAGGCACCCAUGAAAAUUGUUUCAAAUGACGAUUUUUUACACCAUAAUAGCAGUGCAGUCCUUUUAAGAUGAAUUCUGUAAGUUGUCCCAUUUAUUUGUUAUUUUUUUCUAUGUAAUAUAUUGGUUAUAAAUGAGUAAUACAAAUUUCA